AUGUCCUUACAAUACAAACUGUUAUUUUCUAGAACUACCAACAGGUAUUCCGCUUUCCAGGCCUUAUCAAGAACUGUUUGCCGUUCAAAAACUUAUUAUUCUACCCAAAAAUUGAAUAAUGAUACAAAAAAUAGUCCAGAAGAUUUGGUUAAAAAUUCCGAAUUAAAGUCAAAGCCAUUAGAUUUUACAAAUAAUGCGCCAGUUAAAGCAGGAAAAGAAUCACAAGUUAUUUUAUCCACUUCUAAUUACGAAAAUCCAAAUUAUCAAUUACCUAAAUGGAAGGAAGCUUUAGGAGAGUUUGUUGUCAAGACUUUUAGGUUAGAUAUGGACAAAAUUAGGGCAGGCCCAAUUGCUGGUUCUCAUUACUAUGGAUUGUGUAAAGUCCAAGGUUUACAAUACGAAGAUAAAAAAUUAUCGCCAUCUGCUCUUUUUUUUUAUGAAGAUUUAAAACUACCCAGAACUUUUUCUCAAUGGUUUCAAAUCACUAUUUUACACGAAUGGCUAUUAUUCGUGCGUAUGCGUGCAAUGCCAUUUAAAUAUGGUCAUAAUUACCAACAGAAAUUAGUCGAUAGAACAUUUAUCGAUAUCGAAAGAAGAUUGGUCGAUGAAAUGAAUGUGAACUCGGGUAGAAUCAUUGAUCAAUAUUUAAAAGAUUUUAAUUCCCAAUUAAGAGGUGCUGUUUUUGCGUAUGAUGAAGGUUUCGCUACCGAUGAUAUCACCUUAGCUGAAGCUUUAUGGAGAAACUUAUUUGGUGGUAGAAAAAACAUAGAUAUGGUUCAUUUGGAAGCCAUGGUUAGAUACGUUCGUUCUCAACUCUAUGUUUUAAGUAAAACCAGCGACAGGGAUUUCGGCUUAGGUAAAUUUAACUUUGUUCCACCAGAUGAAGUUGUUUAUAAGUUGACGCCUCAACAAGAAUCUGAAUUGAAGGAUAAAACAAUUAAAAAAUAUGAAGCUUUAGACAGGGAUCCUCAUACCUUGCCAAGUGAAAGAAGUAACUUGUCCUAUAAGAAUUAA